CCCAAGAAGAAAAAGAAGCCGAAGCCGAAGCCCGAGGCGGUGGAGCCGGAUCAACCCGCGGCGCCGGAGGAGGACGAGAAAAAGGAGGAGCUUAACGGUUUCCACGGUAACGGAUCGGUGCUGGACGGGGAGUCUCUGGACUCUCUGAGCGAGCAGCUGGACUCCGCCUCUCUGGACGCAGCCGAGCUGGACUCUGAGCCCGCCGCGGCAGAAACACCCGGUGCAGAAGCAGAGAUUGUGUGCAGUGCUCCGCCCCCCCCCUCACAGCAGGGCGGCAGGAAUCUCCACCAGCCCCCCCGAGGGAACAAGAACCGGCACCGGACCGGAUCCGGCUCUCACCCCCCCGCCUCCUUCUUCCCCCCCCACAGCGAGGAGCAGGGGGCGGGAGUCAGGAAGAUGGCUCCCAACAUCGACCGCUCGGUGAAGGAUCUGCAGAGAUGCACCGCCUCGCUGACCCGCUACAGGGUGGUGGUGAAGGAGGAGAUGGACUCCUCCAUAAAGACCAUGAAGACCACCUUCGCUGAGCUGCAGAGCUGGUGA